UACCCCGUCUUCUUGUCCCGCUUCCUUUCACUUCAGACCACUUUACUUUUCUUCACUUGUCUGCACUUUCUUCAACAUGGCGACCGACAAUUCUGACCCCAUUCCCCCCCACAAGACGUUCGAUACCAUCCUCGUCCUCGACUUCGGCUCCCAGUACACCCAUCUCAUCACUCGACGACUCCGCGAACUCAAUGUCUACUCUGAGAUGCUGCCGUGCAACACCAAGCUUGCCGACCUGCAAUUCAAGCCCAAGGGCAUUAUCCUCUCUGGCGGUCCCUACUCCGUCUACGAGGAAGGCGCGCCCCACGUCGACCACGCCGUCUUCGAACUUGGUGUCCCGAUCCUGGGCAUAUGCUAUGGGCUGCAAGAGAUGGCCUGGCACUUUGGCAAGAACGCCGGCGUGGCCAGGGGCGAGCGAAGAGAGUACGGACACGCGAACCUCCAGGUCGAGACACACGGCGGACACGUAGGCCAGCUGUUCAAGGACGUAGGGAGCGACAUGGAGGUCUGGAUGAGCCACGGCGACAAGCUGAGCCACAUGCCAGAGAACUUCACCACGGUUGCGACGACAAGCAACGCGCCGUUUGCGGGUAUCGCGCACAAGACGAGCAAGUACUACGGCAUCCAGUUCCACCCGGAGGUCACGCACACACAAAAGGGCACGGUCAUCUUGAAGAACUUUGCCGUCACUAUCUGCGAGGCGCGGACAGACUGGACCAUGGGCAAGUUCGUGGACCAGGAGAUUGCGCGCAUCAGGAAGCUGGUGGGCGACAAGGGCCAGGUCAUUGGUGCUGUCAGCGGUGGUGUUGAUUCCACUGUCGCCGCGAAGCUGAUGAAGGAGGCCAUUGGCGACCGCUUCCACGCCGUCAUGGUCGACAACGGCGUGCUGAGGCUAAACGAGGCCAAGCAGGUCAAGGAGACGCUCGAGAAGGGCCUGGGCAUCAACCUCACAGUCAUUGACGCGUCCGACAUGUUCCUCGACCGCCUCGCCGGCAUCACCGACAACCCCGAGCAGAAGCGCAAGGUCAUUGGCAACACCUUCAUCGAGGUUUUCCAAGAACAGGCCAAGAAGAUUGCCGCCGAGGCCCACAACUCCGACAAGGCGGGUGAGAUCGAAUGGCUCCUCCAGGGCACCCUCUACCCCGACGUCAUCGAGUCGCUGUCCUUCAAGGGUCCCUCCCAAACCAUCAAGACACACCACAACGUCGGCGGCCUCCCAGCAAACAUGAACCUGAAGCUCAUCGAGCCCCUCCGUGAACUGUUCAAGGAUGAGGUCCGUCAGCUAGGCCAGGAACUCGGCAUCAACGAAGAGCUCGUCUGGCGCCACCCCUUCCCCGGGCCAGGCAUUGCGAUUCGCAUUCUCGGAGAAGUAACGCGCGAGCAAGUCCGCAUUGCGCGGGAGGCAGAUUUCAUCUUCAUUGAGGAGAUCAGGGCCGCAGGUCUGUACCGCAAUAUCAGCCAGGCGUUUGCUGCCCUCUUGCCGGUCAAGGCAGUGGGCGUCAUGGGCGACAAGCGCGUGCACGACCAGGUUAUUGCGUUGCGCGCUGUGGAGACGUCGGAUUUCAUGACGGCGGACUGGUAUCCGUUUGAUGGGAAUUUCCUGAAGAAGGUCAGCAGGAGGAUUGUGAAUGAGGUGGACGGCGUGUGCCGCGUGGUGUAUGACAUCACGAGCAAGCCUCCGGGUACUAUCGAGAUGGAGUAGAUACGCACAGCUCUCCUGGACUCGGCUUGGCGAACGGAUUUUACGAAUGGGAUGGGAUUGGGAAUGGUAGAUUUGCUUUCUUGCGAGACUCUGAGAGACGCACAUGAAUAGACGAUAGAUUUUAAAGAGAUGAUACCCUGCGUGGAUGCGAUAGAUACGAAUGAGGAUUCAGUUCCACAACGAAGUGCUGCCAGAUUGAUGGUGGGUGUUGUGAAUGGUGUGGGUUUGGAUGUUUUUGUGUUUUUGUGCUGGGCGUGUUUUGCAGGUGUCAAGAACAAACUGUUUCUCGAAUUUUAGAGGAAAGAGAUGUCGUGGUGUUGUGCUGUGAAUAUUCCUGUAGUUUGAAUGUCUGGUCUUGGGACUAGAAAUGGCAAAUGGAAGCCUUUGAACAGAGAUUCGGAAAAGACAAGC